AUGAAGCCAGCUUUAGCAAUCGCAACGUCCAUCGUGGGGGCCUCGGCUACAAUCUUGUAUGCUGGAGUUGCCGAGUCCAGUGGCGAGUUUGGUGUCUGGAGUGCUUCUGCUACUCCGGGUACCGGCUUACCAGGUCGCUUUGGCGUGGACUAUUCAUUUAUCAAUACGGCAGCAGUUGAUGUGUUUGUCGACCAAAAUAAGGUCAAUACGUUUCGUGUGGCCUUCCUCCUAGAGCGCAUGUGCCCCCUGUCGUAUGGUCUUGGUGCGAAGUUCAAUGAAACGCACUUUGACUUCUACAAGCAGGCCAUCGAUUAUAUCACAGUGACCAAGAAGGCAUCCGCCACAACCGAGCAGUUUGGUGCUUUUUGGGGAGAGCUGGCGAGCCGCUUCAAGGACAAUGAUCGUGUCAUGUUUGGGCUUAUGAACGAGCCCCAUGACAUGCCUACCACCCUUGUUUUGGCAAAUAAUCAGGCUGCUGUGAAUGCCAUACGAGCUGCCGGAGCCGAAAACCUCAUUCUAGUCCCGGGAAACCAGUGGACUGGGGGUCAUAGCUGGACGGAAAACUGGGGAGGCGAAUUGUUGCCCAAUUCUGACUAUAUGCAUCUGAUUAAUGACUCGGCCAAGAACUUCGUCAUUGACAUCCACGAGUAUCUCGAUCAAGACUAUAGCGGCGGCCAUACCGAGUGCACACAACCCUUUGCAACCAACUUAGACAAGCUAACUGCGUGGCUGAAAGAUCACAACCUAAAGGCAAUGAUUACGGAGUUUGGAGGCUCCAAUACCACUGGUUGCGCUACAAUGCUGCAAGAUGCGCUGGAGUACAUGGAGGAUAACUCAGAAUACCUCGGAUGGACUGCAUGGGCAGCUGGUCCAUUCUGGGGCAACGCGUCACCUUGCUGCACUGACUCUGCCCAAUUGGGAAGUUUGGAGCCAGGUAGCACAGCUGCUGGUGGCGCACCAGGACUGUACGAGACAGUGUGGUUGAAGGUGAUCCAACCUCUGAUACCCACUACUCUGCAGUGGACUGGAGGAGCAAGUGUGAACAAAUGCAAGCGAUAA